AUGUACGACGACGUAACCGUGACGAUAAACGCGAAUGUUGGUUUUAUUUUCGGCGGAGGGAUCAUCCUGCAGAUGCACCUUUGCAGUAAUCAGAGACUGCGCGCCCUGCGUAGCGUCACAGAGAUCGCCCAACUGUUAUCACCGAAGGAUUUCAACGAUCUCGCGAAGUUCAUCCAUACGAAAGACAUCAUCGGUUUCCUGUUUAUGGUCAUCCACCUACCGAAUUGUUUUACUGGAAACGUCUACGUGGUCAUGCAGCAUCUCGUUGCCAUCUACAUAUUAAUCACGACUCUUUCGAUCGACAUGCUUUACAUGAACUGUGUAUAUAUCGUGAAAGUUGGUUUUAGAAAGAUCAACGAAAGUCUCGAACAAUUCAAUAAAUUUUCGACGAACGACGAAUCAAAUUCGGACGCGCCAUUCGCCCAAAAGGCUUCGCGUGACAAACAAAGAAGUACCCUGUUGCUGAUGAAAUUGAGAAAUAUCGAAGAAAACCACUUACGGAUUAGUGACGUCGUUGAUACGUUAAACAAAACGUUUCUCGUGUACAAUGCCGGUUCGGCAGUCAUGACAUUUAUAGUGGUGACUUUCAAUUUAUAUUUCUACAUUAUAUGGAGACACGGAGGGUACACGGUGGAUCCGAUCAAACAGUUUUGGUACAUGCAAUUCCUUACAAGCGUGUUCCAUUACACGCUGAAAUUCUCGAUGAUAAUUUGGGCGUGCGAAACUGCGAAAAAUGAAGCGCUGGAGGUCGGUACUACCAUUCACGAUGUUCUCGGCGAUGCUACUGAUACGUUGGUGAAGCACGAGUUGGAGCUAUUUUCUCUUCAAGUGCUCCAUCGAGACAACACGUUCUCUGCGAGAGUAGUCACGAUGAACACUGCGCUCCUUACGCAGAUGGUAGGAGGCGUUGUGAUGUACUUUUUGAUAUUAAUCCAGUUUGUGCUGAGCCACAUAAGCUGCAAGCGUCGAGAUUAACAGUUACACCGAAGUUGCAUGAUAUUUUCUUUAUCGAGUAAGUAACCAAUCGAUUCUCUGACAACUUUGAGAAGGUAAUGCGAGUAAUCAUUGCGGUUUUUUUUAGUAACAAUUAUUAGGUACACUUAUAAAACUACUUAUAAGCUACGAAUACGAGCAAGUGUAAUCCAGUUUUGGGCCGAUUCCCGAGGAACCGCCUACUGCACCCCCACUACCGCUCUAGACUCGACGAUCGAGCCGCCGAUCGCGCACGUGACGCUGUGUCUCAGAGGCGUCCUACGAUAAAUAUGUCUGGAUCCAUCCACGCUAUGGAGUUCUGUAAGAACUGGAAUAAUAUCAAGAGGUACAUCACGACGCCUCCUGCCAUCUGCAAGGAAAUGUUCAUCAUUAUGACUAUAAAAAUAUUCAUGUUAUUAACUAAGGGGUCACAUGAUGUUGCAAAUAUCUUAGAAAAUUAUAAUAAUAAUAAAUAGCUACAAAACUGUGUUUUAAUAAUCUGUUUGAUUUGUCGCUCUCGGAUGAUUCGAUGCCAGUUAUGUAAACCAUUGGGGAAAAAGGGGCAAAUUUCUUGUGGCUAUAUCAAUGAAGAAAAUUAUUAAAAAUAAACAAAAAAAUUCUAUUUGUUAAUUCAGCAUACCUGCUAUCGCGUAUAAAAACAUUGGCAUUCCCCAAUUAUCUAUCAUGUGAAAUAAAAAUUCUUUACGACAAACUUUUUUUUAAGACACAAUGUAUCUACAAUUUUGUACCACGUUGUGGUGCGAUGAGCGGCUGGAGUUCGCUCGCACUUUAAAUAAAUAAAGUAUAAAGAUAUAAAGUACGGGUGUUCGAACUGCCUCGCCACCUCCUGAACUAUA